AUGGCGCCUAGCGCUGUAUCGCCUACGAGGGAGUCCAACCCUGAACCUCUGGCAACCCUAACAUCCAAAUUCGACGACACUCUACGAUUUUACCUUAAUGGAACCAAGGUUGUCCUGGAUGAGAUAGAUCCAGAAGUUACAGUCUUGGAAUACCUAAGAGGGAUCGGCCUCACAGGAACAAAACUUGGCUGUGGCGAGGGUGGUUGCGGAGCUUGCACAAUCGUGGUCAGCCAGUAUAACCCUACUACCAAGCAGAUUUACCAUGCCAGUGUAAAUGCCUGCUUGGCGCCCCUGGUCAGUUUGGACGGUAAACAUGUCGUUACCGUUGAAGGCAUCGGCAAUUCCCAGAAACCCCACCCUACUCAGGAGCGUAUCGCCAAGUCCAAUGGCAGCCAAUGUGGCUUUUGUACUCCUGGUAUUGUGAUGAGCUUGUAUGCCUUACUACGUAACAACGACUCUCCUUCCAAAGAUGACAUUGAAGAGGCGUUCGACGGCAACUUGUGUCGAUGUACCGGCUAUAGGUCCAUCCUGGAUGCGGCUCAAACCUUUAGUGUUGAUAAGCCCGGUAGCAAGUUCAAGAAAGCAGGUGGCAGUGGAUGUUGCAUGGAAAACGGUAACGGACCACCUAGCGGUGGCUGCUGUAUGGACAAGGCAAACUUGGACGACACACCUAUCAAACGAUUCACACCCCCGGGAUUUAUUGAGUACCAACCCGACACGGAGCUCAUCUUCCCGCCUGCUUUGAAGAGACACGAACUACGGCCUUUGGCCUUCGGUAACAAGAGGCGUAGAUGGUAUCGACCUGUCACUACCGAACAACUCUUGCAGAUCAAGAGUGCUCAUCCCCAGGCCAAAAUCAUUGGUGGAAGUACGGAAACUCAAAUCGAAACCAAGUUCAAGGCGCUGGAGUAUCCUGUUUCCGUCUACGUCGGUGAUAUCGCCGAGUUGCGGCAGUACAGUUUCAAGGAUGACCACCUUGAGGUUGGCGGUAAUGUUGUCCUGACUGAUCUGGAAAGCAUCUGUGAACAUGCUAUUCCGCAUUACGGACGAGAGCGCGCCCAGGUCUUCGAGGCUAUGCUCAAGCAGCUUAAGUUCUUUGCUGGUCGACAAAUCCGAAAUGUUGGUACUCCAGCAGGAAACCUUGUUACGGCUUCACCAAUCUCGGAUCUUAACCCUGUUUUAUGGGCGGCGAACGCUGUGUUGGUGGCAAAGUCAUCGACUAAGGAGAUAGAGAUCCCCGUCUCCCAAUUCUUUACCGGCUACCGAAAGACAGCACUUGCUCAGGAUGCGAUUAUUGCUUCAAUACGCAUUCCCGUCGCCCAAGGCAAGGGUGAAUUCUUUAGGGCAUACAAGCAGGCCAAGCGAAAAGACGACGACAUUGCCAUUGUUACCGGUGCACUGAGAGUUCGUCUGGACGAUGAAGGUAUUGUCCAAGAAGCAAACCUCAUCUACGGUGGCAUGGCUGCUAUGACUGUAGCCGCCAAAACGGCUGGAGAAUACUUGGUCGGACGACGUUUCGCCGACCUGGAAACGUUGGAGGGAACAAUGAGUGCACUCGGUCGAGACUUUGACCUACAAUUCAGUGUUCCAGGUGGUAUGGCGUCUUAUCGAAAGUCUUUGGCAUUCGGAUUCUUCUAUCGAUUCUAUCAUGACGUCCUGACGAUAACCGAUGGAAGUUCUGAGCAAGUUGACAAGGAAGCUAUUGACGAAAUCGAGCGAGAUAUUUCGAAUGGCGAGGUAGAUCACCAUGCUGCGGCAGCUUACGAAAAGGAAGUAACUGGAAAGUCCAACCCUCAUCUGGCAGCUCUCAAACAGACGACUGGCGAAGCGCAAUACACCGACGAUAUGCCCGCGUUAAAGAAUGAGCUUCAUGCCUGCUAUGUUCUUUCGAAACGAGCACAUGCCAAGCUUCUCUCUGUCGAUUACUCGGCUGCUCUUGAUAUACCUGGAGUAGUUGAUGUUGUUGACAAAGACGAUAUGCCCUCACCAGAAGCCAACAAGUUUGGCGCUCCUCACUUUGACGAGGUAUUCUUCGCAGAAGGUGAGGUAUUGACAGUGGGCCAACCAAUUGCUCUGGUUCUAGCAACAUCUCCUCAAAGGGCUCAGGAGGCAGCGCGGGCAGUCAAGGUCGAAUACGAAGAUCUUCCAUCGGUACUUUCUAUAGAAGAUGCUAUCGCCGCUGACAGCUAUCAUAACUUCUACCGAGAGAUCAAGAAAGGAGAUGCGGAGAAAGCCUUCCAGGAAUGUGACCAUGUUUUCACCGGAACAGUGAGAAUGGGUGGCCAAGAACACUUUUAUCUCGAGACAAAUGCUUGUUUGGUUGUUCCUAAGCCUGAGGACGGAGAAAUCGAGAUCUUCGCCAGUACACAGAACGCCAACGAAACAGUGUGCGAUGUGCAAUCGAACAAGGUUGUCGUCCGCGUGAAGCGACUGGGCGGUGGUUUUGGUGGAAAAGAAUCGCGAUCAGUGGUACUCAGCUCAGCAUUGGCACUUGCAGCAAAGAAGACCAAGAGACCGGUCCGGUACAUGCUAACUCGAGAGGAAGACAUGGUUAUCAGUGGCCAACGACAUCCUUUCCUUGGCCGGUACAAGGUUGGUGUGAACAAGGACGGUAAACUCCAAGCUCUGGAUUGCGAUGUCUUCAACAAUGCAGGAUGGACUUUCGACCUCAGCGCAGCCGUAUGCGAACGAGCCAUGACCCACAUUGACGGGUGCUACGACAUACCCAAUGUACACAUUCGCGGGCGCUUGUGCAAGACGAACACAAUGUCCAAUACGGCCUUCCGUGGAUUUGGUGGCCCUCAGGGCAUGUUCAUCGCAGAGUCGUAUAUGGAAGAAGUGGCUGAUCGGCUGGGAAUGCCUGUCGAGACACUGCGACAAAUCAACUUGUAUGAGAGUGAUGGAGUGACUCAUAUUGGACAGGGCUUGGGAGAUUGGCAUGUGCCGCUCAUGUACAAGCAGGUGCAAGAUGAGGCUAUGUACACCGCACGCCGACACUUUAUCACACAGUUCAACGAGACCAACAAGUGGCGGAAGAGGGGCUUGGCACUGAUUCCAACCAAGUUUGGUAUCUCUUUCACCGCUUUGUUUCUGAACCAGGCCGGAGCAUUGGUACACAUCUACCAUGAUGGAUCUGUUCUGGUAGCCCAUGGUGGUACAGAGAUGGGACAAGGCUUGUACACCAAGCUCACUCAAAUUGCUGCACAAGCAUUGGGUGUGCCACUGGACAAUGUCUUCAUCUCGGAAACGUCGACAAAUACGGUGGCUAACGCAUCUGCAACAGCGGCGUCAGCUUCGUCAGAUCUGAACGGAUAUGCCAUCUUUAAUGCAUGCGAAAUGUUGAACGAGCGAUUGGCACCGUAUCGAAAGAAGCUGGGUCCCGACGCAACGAUGAAAGACCUCGCCCACGCCGCUUACUUUGACCGCGUUAACCUCUCGGCGCAGGGUUUCUACAAGACCCCUGAAAUUGGUUAUGACUGGACUACUGGCAAGGGCAAGAUGUUCUUCUACUUCACUCAAGGAGUUGCUGCAGCCGAGGUUGAGGUCGAUUUACUGACUGGAACCUGGACAUGUAUCCGGGCAGACAUCAAGAUGGAUGUUGGCCAGUCCAUCAAUCCAGCAAUCGACUACGGCCAGAUCCAGGGUGCUUUCAUCCAAGGCCUCGGCCUCUUCACGAUGGAGGAAUCGCUCUGGUUAAGAAACGGCCCAAUGGCAGGUCAUCUCUUCACGCGGGGACCUGGAGCAUACAAGAUCCCUGGUUUCAGAGAUAUUCCCCAGACAUUCAAUGUGUCGCUUCUCAAGGACGUGGAGUGGAAAGAAUUGCGCACGAUUCAGAGGAGUCGUGGUGUAGGUGAACCACCCUUCUUUAUGGGAAGCUCUGUCUUCUUUGCCAUCCGAGAUGCACUCAAAGCAGCUCGGGCACAGUCAGGAGUCAAAGCCAAGGUUGGCGAGAACGACUCUGAGGGACUCCUCAGGCUUGAGAGUCCAGCAACGCCCGAGAGGAUCAGACUGGCUUGUGAGGACGAGAUCAUGCGCAAGGCAAGGGUUGUGCCCAAAGAAGGAGAAAAGAGCUUCUUUGUGGCGAUCUGA